GUGCGCAUCCUCCUGUCCGCCCCGCCCCCUGGCUCAGUAAGGAUUAGCCGGCUGAGGUGUCUUGAGUCCCGGCCACAAUGAACUUCAUCCUCCGGAGGCUGCUGAGCGGGGGCAGAGCCGUGUACCCGGCCGGGACACCGAGUGUGCACUACAGCUCUGUGGCUCCUGAGAUCCGUGAAAGAACACUGAUAGCCGUGAAGCCAGAUGGCGUGCAGCGGAGGCUGGUGGGCGAGAUCAUCAAGCGAUUUGAGCGACGGGGCUUCAAGUUGGUGGGAAUAAAAAUGCUGCAGGCUUCGGAGGGGAUCCUGGCUAAACAUUAUCAUGAUCUGCAGACGAAGCCUUUCUAUCCUUCUCUCCUACGUUACAUGGCGUCCGGACCUGUUGUAGCAAUGGUUUGGGAGGGACACAACGUGGUAAGAUCUUCCCGUUUGAUGGUAGGGGACACGGAUUCUUCUCAGGCCAAGCCUGGUACUGUACGAGGAGACCUCAGUGUCCACAUCAGCAGGAACAUAAUCCAUGCCAGUGACUCUGUGGAGGUGGCAGAGAAGGAGAUCGGCUUGUGGUUUCACAGGGCGGAGUUGACUAAUUGGGAAACAAAUGAUCAUAGUGACUUGUAUCAAGUUUAAUGCUUCUCUGUGGCCCCCCUUGGACCUGCACGGACCCUCGCAACCUACGGAGGGGCCAGGAAAAAAAAAAGCUUUCAGAGGGUGAUAAGGAGUAAAUGACGGGCAUAGUCCUGCCCUUAGGUUUGGGUUGUGGACUCUCUGGGCAUUGAUGCCCUCCACCAGCCUCUUAUUACUGUUCAAUAAACCUUGUCUUUAUAUAAAA